UGACAAGACCAAGAUGGCCGACGGGGAAGACCGCUGCCGGGCGGGGCAGGAGCCGGGGCCGGAGCCGGGAGAAGAGUUUGAGAUCGUGGACCGGAGCCAGCUGCCGGGCCCAGGCGAACUGCGGAGGGCGGCGAAGCCGCGUGCGGCGGCGGAAGGCUGGUCGGCGCCCAUCCUGACCCUGGCGCGGAAGGCCACUGGCAACCUGUCGGCGAGCUGCGGGAGCGCGCUGCGCGCAGCCGCUGGGCUGGGCGGUGCGGACGGCGGCGCGGAGGGCGCGGCGCGCGCAGCUUCCAAGUGCCAGAUGAUGGAGGAGCGUGUCAACCUGAUGCACAUGAUGAAACUCAGCAUCAAGGUCUUGCUCCAGUCUGCCCUGAGCCUGGGCCGCAGCCUGGAUGCAGACCAUGCCCCCUUGCAGCAGUUCUUUGUAGUGAUGGAGCACUGCCUCAAACAUGGGCUGAAAGUUAAGAAGAGUUUUAUUGGCCAAAAUAAAUCUUUCUUUGGUCCUUUGGAGCUGGUGGAGAAACUUUGUCCAGAAGCGUCAGAUAUAGCCACUAGUGUCAGAAAUCUGCCAGAAUUAAAGACAGCUGUGGGAAGGGGCAGAGCUUGGCUUUAUCUUGCACUCAUGCAGAAGAAACUGGCAGAUUAUCUGAAAGUGCUUAUAGACAAUAAACAUCUCUUAAGUGAGUUCUAUGAGCCUGAGGCAUUAAUGAUGGAGGAAGAAGGGAUGGUGAUUGUUGGUCUGCUGGUGGGACUCAAUGUGCUUGAUGCCAACCUCUGUUUAAAAGGAGAAGACUUGGAUUCUCAGGUUGGAGUGAUCGAUUUUUCUCUCUACAUUAAGGAUGUGCAGGAUCUUGAUGGUGGCAAAGAACAUGAAAGAAUUACUGAUGUCCUUGAUCAAAAAAAUUAUGUGGAAGAACUUAACCGGCACUUAAGCUGCACAGUUGGGGAUCUUCAAACCAAGAUAGAAGGGUUGGAAAAGACUAAUUCAAAGCUUCAAGAAGAGCUUUCAGCUGCAACAGACCGAAUUUGUUCACUUCAAGAAGAACAGCAACAAUUAAGAGAACAAAAUGAAUUAAUUCGUGAGAAAAGCGAAAAAAGCGUAGAGAUAACAAAACAGGAUACAAAAGUUGAGCUGGAGACUUACAAGCAGACUCGGCAAGGUCUGGAUGAAAUGUACAAUGACGUGUGGAAGCAGCUGAAGGAGGAGAAGAAAGCCCGUUUGGAACUAGAAAAAGAACUGGAGCUACAAAUUGGAAUGAAAACCGAAAUGGAAAUCGCAAUGAAGUUACUAGAAAAGGACACGCACGAGAAGCAGGACACUCUAGUUGCCCUUCGCCAGCAGCUGGAGGAAGUCAAAGCAAUUAACUUACAGAUGUUUCACAAAGUUCAGAAUGCGGAGAGCAGUUUACAACAGAAGAAUGAAGCCAUCACAUCUUUUGAAGAAAAAACCAAUCAAGUUAUGUCCAGCAUGAAACAAAUGCAAGAAAGGUUACAGCACUCAGAGAGGGCGAGGCAGGGGGCCGAGGAGCGGAGCCACAAGCUGCAGCAGGAGCUCGGCGGGAGGAGCAGCGCUUUGCAGCAGCAGCUCUCCCAGCUGCACGAGCAGUGCUCAAGUCUAGAGAAAGAGCUGAAAUCAGAAAAAGAGCAAAGACAGGCUCUUCAGCGAGAAUUACAGCAUGAGAAAGACACUUCCUCUCUACUCCGAGCAGAGCUACAGCAAGUAGAAGGAUUAAAAAAGGAGCUGCGGGAGCUCCAGGAUGAGAAGACAGAGUUACAGAAGGUUUGUGACGAGCAGGAACAAGCCCUCCAGGAAAUGGGUCUGCACCUCAGCCAGUCAAAGCUGAAGAUGGAAGACAUCAAAGAAGUAAAUAAGGCACUGAAGGGCCAUACUUGGCUGAAAGACGAUGAAGCCACGCACUGUAAGCAGUGUGAAAAGGAGUUUUCCAUUUCCCGGAGAAAGAAAAUGAAGGAGCUGUGUCAGCUUCACAGGAUGCCCAGAGCAACCCCCAUUUCAGGACUAGAGGCCCUCGGUGAGGGCGGCUGCAUUCAAGGCAUGGUUUUCAACAAAGAUGUUCCUUUUGAAAAACUAGAGGACCAGGGGAAGGAACCCUCCUUGUGUCCAAUUCCCCAGACAUGGAGUAACUCAGUAAGAUCUCAGGGGCAGCAGCUGAACACCAAUGUUCAACAGUGCCUCCCCAGAAAAUUAUCAAGUACAACACUUCGGUAUCCCCAACCCAACUGAAGGUAUGCACCCAGCCUUCAGAGAGCGUGUGGCAGGGCAGGCAGACUGCAGGGCCCUUCAUGCAUACCUUCCACAAUGCUGCCAUCUACAGUCUGUAAAUUAACGACUAUCAUUCCAAGCAGUUUUUCAGAGUAUACUCACCAUACUCACCUCACCCAAGAGGAAACCUUCAGCAGUCACAGCAAGUAAAAAUGUACACGUGGCUUCAAACAGCACAAGCCUAUAUUCACAGCUCCGAUUCUUAAUUCUAACCUCAAUACAGCGAACUUUUUCUAUUAGAGGGAUGAUGAAUGAGUGGCAAUUCCCAAACUAGUGUUAAGUAUCUGAAGGGAAACCUAGAACUACACUUGUAAGAACUGCUUACUACUUUCCUAGCAAAUGUCUGAGUUCUCACCUACGAUAAUGGUUUCAAUUACUGAUUUAAACGAAUCAUUUGUUCUCCUGAAGUACAACUUGGUAUUCUACUUCAGCUUUGUAAAUAAAUGGAAUAAUGUCACUCUUAAGUAGACUUGAUCUUGAGGAAUGAGGCAAAAAUAAAGGUUGAAACCUCAAUGUGAAAGUCCUCUAUGAGCUAGCUCCUUCUAGAAGAUACCCCAUAUAAGCAAAAUUCGAGAGAUGCCACCAGACUGGGAAGGGCAGCUCUGGUCAGCCAGCCGUUGCCUCUGGCGCUUCCUCGGCCAUGCUCAAAGACCUCCACGGACAUGCGCAGCAUGCGGCGAGACCUCUGCCUCCCCCUGGCUCUGCGCAAGUGCUUAGCAAGUCAAAAGGCAAUUCAGAUCAGAUCCUGUGCAGCCAGGCCAGACACACAAGUCCUUCCACAGGGCCCCAGAGCUACAUUUACCUUCAGUUGCACUGCAGGGAAGAGAGAUCUGAAGACAUCUACAAAGCGGCCACAACUGCCGAGCCUGUCUGCCACAGCCAGAGACGUGGGCCACUGUUCACCUAUGCCCCAGGCAGGAAUAGAUCACCAAGAAACAGUCCACAUGACACUGAAGCACAGACAAGACAAAGUGCGGUUUUUAAAAGGAAGAUUUAUUCAACAAGUUUCACUUAGCGCAAUACACCUAAAAGGAAAAUCACAAUACAAUGAAAAGAUUUAAAUCAAGGCCUCAGAAUUUCAUACGAACACCAAGACCAAAAUCCUAAAGUACUGGUAUUGCGUCUCAAAUUUUCCCCAUUAACUUAAA